AUGAAAGAAGAGUGGUUUCGUCAAAAACCAAAAACAAUUGCAAAUCAAAAAGGAUGCACUAUUGGAGAAGUAAAUCAAAAGAGAGGAGAAUAUUUCUUGCUAAAAAAUUAUUUAUUAAACCAAAAAUCUGAUGAGGCCAAAUAUUUUAAAAAAUAUUCAAAUAUAUGUCAUCGAAGAGUUUCAGAACUAAUUGAAAUAAUUGGCGAAAAUUUUAUUGAUCUACCCAUACCAACAAAUUUUUUUGAUGGUAGACAUGUGGAAACAAAAAAAAUUAAAGCUCUAAUUAAUUGGUUUAAAAAUAAAAGUCAAGAAAAUAAAGAUUCUGAAGAAGAAUAUAGUGAAGAAAAUUAUAAUGAAAAUAGUAGUGAUACUUUGUCAGAUGGUAGUGAAGUAUAA